AUGUCAUCAACUACCUCCGACAAAGAGCUUCUACCCGUAGCACCGUUCAUCGGCGUCCGUCCUCAAGAUAUUGCACAACGUGAUCGCAGAGAAGUAGAUGGCGUUCCUGUCACAACUGAGUGGCUCACUCACCGCUACCACCACAAAGUUGAACUCGCAACCAAGGAAGAUGGAGCUCCAGUGCCACACGUCCGCCCUCUUCGAACAUUUGACAAUCUUAUGCCGGUCAAUACACCGAGUGAAGCACCACGACUCGUGCGAUGGAACGCCGCCCCUGCUGGGCCCUCCACGGUUGCUCGCAGGACCUGGAUAGACUACCUCCCACCGAAAGCGCGUCCAUACCUAUACCUGACGCGUAUCGAUAAGCCCAUUGGUACCCUCCUUCUGUUCUAUCCGUGUGCUUGGUCAAUAACCAUGGCGUCUUACGCCCUAGAACUUCCAUUUACCACUCCUCUGACAUAUCUCAGCCUCUUCGGACUCGGUGCCUUGGUAAUGCGGGGUGCAGGAUGCACAAUCAACGAUAUGUGGGACAAAAACCUUGACAAAGCCGUCGCGCGAACAAAAGAAAGGCCUUUGGCGAGAGGCGACAUAACAUACAAACAAGCCGUUAUAUUUCUUGGCACUCAACUGACUGCAGGUCUCGGUGUUUUGUUGCAACUAAACUGGUACAGCAUUCUUCUUGGAGCAUCAUCGUUGUCAGUAGUGACGAUAUAUCCCCUCAUGAAGCGCUUGACACAUUGGCCGCAAGCCGUUCUUGGGCUCACGUUUAAUUGGGGCGCUCUCCUUGGCUGGUCAGCAGUAGGCGGAGCUGUGGAUUGGUCUGUGUGCCUUCCGUUGUACGCAGGGGGCGUUUGCUGGACUCUUGUAUACGACAGCGUGUACGCACAUCAGGUCGGUGAAAUUGUGAUUGAGAAUGAAUUUGAGUUCAAGCUUUCUACCCCUCAGGACAAGGUGGACGACGUACAGGUCGGCAUCCGGUCAACUGCCCUGCUGUUCGGAGAAAAGACACGGCCUAUCCUUACUGGCCUAUCUGCCUGGUCGCUGUCGCUGAUUUCUUAUGCGGGAUACCUUAAUUCCCAAGGAGAGCCUUUCUAUAUCGGAGUAGGCCUUGCAGCCAUCCAGCUGGGGCGUGUCCUCCAUAGAACAAGAUUUGAUGACCGCACGAGCUGCUGGAAUGGAUUCGUUGGUUGUGGAUGGGCGGGCUUUUGGAUCUGGAUGGGAACUCUCGGAGAUUACGCUCUUCUCUUAUCCACAUCUUAA